UAGAUUUUUUUUAGCAAUUUUAGCCGACUCUUCUGCUAAUUCUCUUCAAUCUCUUGAUAUGAGAUCACUUCGAUUUAAUUCCCUUUUUAAAUUUCCUUUGGAGUUUCUCUUUAAUUCCCCUUUCUUUCGCUGUUAUGAGAUCGUUUCGAGGUGUUGUGACUGUGAUCAGUCUCUGACUCUUCAUGGAAAACAUGUCUAUAGUUAUUGAUCCUCAGUUUAUUUGAUUUGUUAGCUUCUUUAACAAUUUUGGUAGCUGGGCGUUUGCUUGAUUUUUGUAUAUCUUGGCCCCUCUGGUUUUCUUUUCUAUUCUUUUUCCACUUUUUUACAACUGCGAGUGGAGGUGGAGCGGUUUUCAUUGUUACGCUGUCAUGGCUUCUGUUGAUGAUGCUUCUAUUAUGCCUCAAGAUGUUUGCAUUGUCGGUGUUGCAAGAACACCAAUUGGCGGCUUUCUUGGUUCUCUUUCAUCCUUGCCUGCUACAAAGCUCGGUUCUAUAGCUAUUGCAUGUGCUCUUAAGAGGGCAGGUGUAGAUCCAUCUUUGGUGCAGGAAGUGUUCUUUGGAAAUGUACUUAGUGCUAAUUUGGGCCAAGCCCCUGCUAGACAGGCUGCAUUAGGUGCGGGUAUACCUAACUCGGUGGUCUGCACCACCAUAAAUAAAGUAUGCGCAUCUGGGAUGAAAGCUACGAUGCUUGCUGCUCAAACCAUUAAAUUGGGUGUGAAUGAUGUAGUAGUUGCUGGUGGUAUGGAAAGCAUGUCGAAUGCACCCAAGUAUAUUACUACCGGAAGGAUAGGCUCACGGCUGGGGCAUGAUACUAUUGUUGAUGGCAUGCUCAAAGAUGGCCUUUGGGAUGUCUACAAUGAUUUCGGAAUGGGUGUUUGUGCAGAGCUGUGUGCUGAUCAACAUAAUAUAACAAGAGAGGAACAGGAUUCUUAUGCUAUUCAAAGUUUUGAACGAGGUCUUGCUGCAGAAUCUAGUGGUGCAUUCUCAUGGGAGAUGGUUCCGGUUGAAAUCUCUGGUGGCAGGGGGAAGCCAUCUACCAUCAUUGACAAAGAUGAAGGUCUCAAAAAGUUCGAUGCAUCGAGGUUAAGAAAGCUCCGGGCAAGUUUCAAGGAGAAUGGAGGUUCAGUAACAGCUGGCAAUGCUUCUAGUAUAAGUGAUGGGGCGGCUGCUUUAGUCCUAGUGAGUGGAGCAAUGGCAGUUAAACUUGGAUUGAACAUUAUUGCUAGAAUCAGAGGCUAUGCUGAUGCUGCCCAGGCACCUGAGUUGUUUACAACUGCUCCAGCCAUUGCGAUACCGAGAGCAAUCUCACAAUCUGGCUUGAAAUCUUCUGAUAUUGAAUUUUAUGAAAUUAAUGAAGCAUUUUCUGUUGUCGCUCUUGCAAAUCAGCAGUUGCUAAGUAUUGAUCCUGCAAGACUAAACGUGCAUGGAGGUGGUGUGUCGUUGGGACAUCCAAUAGGCUGUAGUGGAGCUCGCAUCCUCGUCACACUCUUAGGGGUGUUGAGGCAACACAAAGGGAAGUUUGGGGUUGCUGGAAUUUGCAAUGGGGGAGGAGGUGCAUCUGCUGUUGUUUUAGAGCUCAUAAAUAAGCGGCCUGCGGCACCAGUGGCGCGCUCUCUACUGUGAUAUCACCCAUUAGCUGGGAAGAUACUAUCUGCAGAUGCUUCAAUCCAGUCUGGGUCCUAAAAUUAUAGGAAUAAUGAUCUUAUCUCAAUGUAUUUGUACUAUGUGUUACGAUUCAAUCAAUUGUACCUUGUAGAUUUUCUUGGGAAUAAUGAUGUUAUUACAGCAUUUACGUUGUA